AUGAAUCAUACAGAUAAUGAACAAAUUGUAAAUGAACAAAAUACUAUUAUAGUUAAACCUGAAAUUAUUAUUAAUGAAACAACAGUAAAUAUUAAUCAAAAACCUCGAAAAUCACAUGAUUUGAGUUAUAUCAGCAGUAAUAAAUGCAUUUGUAUAUGUAUCAUUUAAUGAUGGU